AUGGUCGUCUUCUACGUGGUCCUCGUGGUCUGGUACAACGUGGACGUCCACAUCUUGCUGUUACUCAACGAUGGGGAUGACUUGCACAAUGACGACCACCACUACCUCAUCCUCUACCACGACCUUGUCCUCUACUUGGCCCGUGGUCCCCAACUUUGGCCUCUUCCCGGAUGUCCGCCCGAUCUCAGCGAAUGGAUCAUCGCCGCCCUUUGUCCCGGAGUGCCACAAGCAAUGAUCACCAGACUGGAAGGCUUACUUCGCGCCUUGGAGCGUAUGCAAAUAGAAGGCCAGGGACCUGAAGGCAGAUGGUCGAUCAGUUGCUUGCACUCACGCCUUGUGGAUGGGAUCGAAGCUUUAGAUGCUCUUCAUGCCGUGAUCUCCAGAAGAUUCAUCCCGCAAGGAUACUUACCGGUGAGAAGGAUCCCCAGAGCUGAGAUGGACCAAUGGAGAUUAUUCAAUUGGGGGAGAAACUAUGCAGACCUGUUCCUCAACACGUUGGAAGCAAACCUCAAUGUCCGGUUGCAACCUGCCGAUGUUCAACCUUCACCUUCUGACAAGCCAACCCUCUUCCUCUACGACAGCUGUCAGCUCGGCCAGUGGAACGCGGAGGAGAGCUACCCGUCGUCGCGAUCGUCGUACAAGAUCGCGAAGCCCCUCUGGGACGAGUUUGUAUGUGCCAACAAUGGUGAACUUCGUGGCUUCUGGAGAGAGCCGGAGCCGUCUGAGGAGGAUGUCGAGGCAAGUGGCAGCAAUGAAGGGGAACUGACUUCAUCGACUACGACUACAUCGCUGUGCAGUACCUGGUGGACUUCCAUGACCAGCACCUCCACGACGAGCACCUCCACUGACUUGGACACCGAUGCCGGAGUAGAAUUGGCUGAGGGGACUUCUUUGCCCUCUACUUCCUCAGUGCCUGGUCUCGGUUUACACCCAGCUUGGGCCCAAUCAACUACUGGGAUGAUGUGGACUACGACGAGCACAAGUAGCAUCCCACCUACUAUAACUUGGCCAACGGAUGUCGUCCGAGACGUGGUCAACGUGAAUGUCGUGCAUGGUGGACAAGGAGACAUCAUUGAGCUCCUUCGUCGGCUUCUGGCUCGUAUUCGUCGACUACGACAUCAAGAAAGAUUGCUUCUGGAGGCAAUGGAAGAGACCAUGACUUGGCUGCGAUCACCGGAGGGCAAUGUGAUGAUGAAUGUUGCAACAUUCGAGAGGAACAUUUUUUGA